UGUUUAAAGGCGAAGAGUUUGUUUUAACAAUGGCCGGACGUCGUCGUCUUUCUUUUACUCCAGAAACUCCUUUGCUUGUACGGACUGACGGAAUCAAGCAAGAGAGGCAGUCACCGUCUCCGAGUCCGAAAGUAGAGUUUGAGAAGGAAGUAGUGUCCGCUCUCAGUGGACUGGCUCAUCUAAUACAGGAACAAACGGCCCAGUUUGAGCAGUUUUCUGCAGAGGUCCGACAGCAGCUCACAGAUUUAAACAGCAGGAUCACAUCAUUGCAUGAGCGAACACACUGUGGAUGUGCAAAAGAACCCAAGAAAAGGCGAGUGCACAACCCCAAAAUAGCGGAAGCUGUGCGCCGUCUGCAUAAUAGUGAAGGAAACAACAGACGGUAUGAACCGGAGGAAGGACUGAGCUCACCUCAUAAUGAAGCGGUGACUUCCCAUUUAAUGGCAGCUCUAACUGCAAGUCCAGGCUUGAGUGGCGUAGAAAGUGGAGUCCUGUUGGCGGCCUGUAAGACAUAUUAUGAAACUGUUAGACGGAACUACAGAUACAGCCAACCGGACCUUGCAGGCCAGGCAGAAGCCAUGAAAGUGUCAGCCCGCAACAGACAGAGAAGAAAGAGGCUGCUGGAGGCUAGGAGGGGUGAACUGGCCAACAAGGAGGAGAUGGAUAUGUGGAAGGGGGUCACAAUAGAUUUGAUGUCUGACGAAGAAGAUGGCACCGCUGAUGGGAUGUCUGGGUGGAUCGUCAGGCCUCCAUCCUUCCGCAGUGUGGAGCUCUCGAACCUUUGUGAGGUACUCCAACAGAGACUGGAGGAGAACCCAAAGUAUGUGGCCACCCACCACAAAAGACUGUGUACUGGACCCCCCUCAGACAGAGUGGCACCAUCACAUUACGAUCCAGAUGCAAGAAAGAAACAUUUUUUGAAGCCAUAGGUUUUUUUUUUUGUUUUGAGGAUGUGCAUUUUUUGCAUCUGAAGGUUUUUUUUGAGGGGGGGGUAUUCUUAAAGUGUUGCCAUCUUAUCUUUCUGUCUUUUUUUUAUUCUAAAUUGGUUUUAAUUUGAAAAUAUUGUUACUUUUUUAUUCUAAAACUGUGAUUUGAAAGU